AUGGCCACACCAAAGCCUAAUCACGCCUACAACAACAGAGGCGAAGGAAAGAACUCAAAUGCAUUAUUCCGAGCGAUCUACCGACAUUACAGUGAUACAGAGUACUAUCGUUCUCCAAGCACUCUUGAGAAUGAAAAGUAUCUCCCGUUUAAGAUUCCUUUCAAUCGAUGGGCCAUGUUCCCAACAGCGUUCAUCUUUCAAGCCAUUUGUGGAUCACUGUAUGCUUGGUCUGUCUUUAAUGAUCCUAUUGACAGCCACAUUUAUGGUCAAGUCUUUAACGCUGCUAGUGGCAAGAAGGAGCCUGCUGCCCACAACGCAGCUAUUACAUUCUACAUUGCUGUCGGUUGCUUCGGCCUAUCUGCAGCGAUCAAUGGCCCUUGGCUAGAACGGAAUGGCCCCAAAUUGGCUGCGACUGCGGGAGCAUCGAUCUUCUUUAUGGGAAACAUGAUUGCUGCGAUUGGAAUGUAUACCAAGAUUGUAUACCUCUUAUACUUUGGCUAUGGAAUCCUCGGUGGAGCUGGCUUAGGACUUUGUUACAUCUCGCCUGUCUCUGCUUUACAAAAGUGGUUCCCGGACCGCCGCGGAUUGGCUGCAGGGUUCGCAGUCUGUGGAUUUGGAGCUGGCUCCAUCAUCUUGGCAAAAAUACCUCAACCGUUGAUCUCGGCUGUGGGCCUACCACUCACAUUUGUAAUCUUGGGAUGCUGUUAUUUCGCUGCGAUGUUACUCUGUACUGUUGUCUUCCGAGUACCUCCACCUGGGUUCCAGGUCAAUGGAAUGGAUAUGUACAGAAACAAAGUGGGAGCAAAGGAAGUGAAUGAAAACGAAGUUAGUAGAGAAGAUGCUACCACCAUUGAGAGAAAUGACCUAGAAACUAAUGCAGAUGAGAAGGCUGCUCAGGAUUUCAAGGAUCCAGGAUUGAAGAUGGUCUUGAGUUCAGCCAUCUUUUCAAAGGAGUACCGCAUCAUCUAUAUCAUGUUCUUUGGGAACUCAAUCGCCGGAUUAGUCUUUCUUUCUCGUCUUGCUAACAUCGUCAAGGAUAUUUUCGGAAAGGAUGAGGCCACUGCAGCAACAAUUGUGGCCAUCAAUGGUGGCUUUAAUUUGGGUGGACGUCUCUUCUUUUCGACUGUCUCGGACCGUCUGGGACGUAAAAGCUCAUUCUUUGUGAUGUUAUUUUCGCAGGUAGUGAUUAUAGCAACACUACCAAUAGUCAUGGAGCGUCAGCUCUACUGGGCAUUCUUGUUGAUGAUUUGGGUCCUGACAACCUGUUAUGGCGGUGGGUUCGGAUGCAUUCCAGCGUUCCUUUGUGAUAUGUUUGGUCCAUCAAAUAUCGGAGCCUUGCAUGGGAUUAUUCUCACAGCAUGGUCACUAGCAGGAGUUGGGGGAGGAUUGUUGUUUACAGGAAUCUAUAACCAAUUGCUUAAUUCAGGCCGAUAUACGACCAAGGAUAUCUAUAUAUACUCUGCAAACCUGCAUUGGAUCUUGGGAGUCGCCUGUGUUGGGUUCGUGUUCCUGUUGUUUGUGGGAACUAAUGUUCAUGAUCGAUUGUUGCCGAAGGAUGAGGGGGAGUUUGCAAGGAUUAGGAUCUUUGGACGGUUAAUCAGGAUCGGAACAUUUGGAUUCAGAGUGUUAACUAAGGAUGAAGAGGACUUUGAAUGGGUUGAAUAUGUAGACAGAAGGCGACAACAAGAGGCAGCGGCAGCAGCAGCAGCAGCGGAAUCGAGGGCACUCAUUGCUGACUAA